GCAACUUCUUGAAAAAGAGCUGGAAACUGUAGGCAUACGAUUGAACAAAGAAAAACCCAAUAUUUAUUUUAAGAUUAAAAAAGCUGGCGGAAUAUCAUUUAAUGCUAUGUGUAAUCUUACAAAAUGUGAUGAAAAACUUGUACAGAUGGUACUGCAUGAAUACAAGAUAUUCAAUGCUGAAGUUUUAUUUAGAGAAGAUUGUACACCAGAUGAAUUAAUAGAUGUAAUUAAUCGAAAUCGAGUAUAUUUGCCUUGUGUAUAUGUGUAUAAUAAGAUUGAUCAAGUGUCUAUUGAGGAAGUUGACAGAUUAGCUCAUUUACCACAUUCUAUUGUAGUAAGUUGUAAUAUGAAAUUAAAUCUGGAUUAUUUAUUGGAGAAAUUAUGGGAAUAUUUAGCAUUAAUUAGAGUCUAUACAAAGAAAAGAGGAGAGCCUCCAGAUUUUGAAGGUGGACUUAUCCUUCGACGAGGGGCCACCAUUGAACACGUGUGCCAUGCUAUUCAUAGGAGUAUAGUGAAUGUCUUCAAAUAUGCCUUAGUUUGGGGCACAAGCACAAAAUACAGUCCCCAAAGAGUAGGUUUGCAGCAUGUAGUCAAUCAUGAAGAUGUUGUUCAAAUUGUAAAGAAAUAAUUUUUUAUGACUUUUCAAUUAAAAAUUAAUUUCCACUGUUACUGCUGAAAAUAAGUAUUUUUCCUUAAAAAUAGGGUUUUUAUAUAAAACUUGAUAAACUUCAAUAUUGGUUACAUCAUAUGUUAAUAUGUACAAUUUUGAAAUAUAUGAGGAAUUUACAUUUCCUCUAUCCUGGUUACUAUUAAAAGUUGAUGAUAAAUUUCAAGAAUUUCCAAAUUAUUUUAUAAACAAAUAAAAACUUUAGGAUGUUUUCAAA